AUGUCUAAAGAUAGCGGCAGCGGCAAGCGGGGCAGCACGAUAACGACCGAUUCGCCAGUCUCAAUUCAACCUGAAGCCAGCAGUGCAGUUAACAGGGUGACGAUAAAACCUCCACCAUUCUGGCUACAUAAUCCUCUGUUGUGGUUUGCCCAGUUAGAAAGCCAGUUCGUCCUCGCACAAACAUCGGCGGCACUUACAGAAGAUCUAGCAGCAGAAGUACAAGAUAUCCUAGCCGCACCACCCGUUACCGAUCGUUACGCGUCCAUUAAAAACGCAUUAAUAACGCGUUUGUCACAAUCAGAGGCAAAACGGCUAGAGAAGCUACUGCGCACUGAAGAACUCGGAGAUCGCACUCCAUCACAACUCUUACGACGUUUGCGCACACUGGCAACUGAUGCACUUUCUCGCAUAGAAGCAGUGUCUACAGUAACAGAUGACAUCGCACAGGUGGAAGCAGUGACAAAGGCCAUUGAUUACGACGCCGUCGCGCAUGCGCAACAGUGUGAUAGCAAGGACAAGAAGGCAAGGACAAGAAGGCAAGGACAAGAAGGCAAGGACAAGAAGGCAAGGACAAGAAGGCAAGGACAAGAAGGCAAGGACAAGAAGGCAAGGACAAGAAGGCAAGGACAAGAAGGCAAGGACAAGAAGGCAAGGACAAGAAGGCAAGGACAAGAAGGCAAGGACAAGAAGGCAAGGACAAGAAGGCAAGGACAAGAAGGCAAGGACAAGAAGGCAAGGACAAGAAGGCAAGGACAAGAAGGCAAGGACAAGAAGGCAAGGACAAGAAGGCAAGGACAAGAAGGCAAGGACAAGAAGGCAAGGACAAGAAGGCAAGGACAAGAAGGCAAGGACAAGAAGGCAAGGACAAGAAGGCAAGGACAAGAAGGCAAGGACAAGAAGGCAAGGACAAGAAGGCAAGGACAAGAAGGCAAGGACAAGAAGGCAAGGACAAGAAGGCAAGGACAAGAAGGCAAGGACAAGAAGGCAAGGACAAGAAGGCAAGGACAAGAAGGCAAGGACAAGAAGGCAAGGACAAGAAGGCAAGGACAAGAAGGCAAGGACAAGAAGGCAAGGACAAGAAGGCAAGGACAAGAAGGCAAGGACAAGAAGGCAAGGACAAGAAGGCAAGGACAAGAAGGCAAGGACAAGAAGGCAAGGACAAGAAGGCAAGGACAAGAAGGCAAGGACAAGAAGGCAAGGACAAGAAGGCAAGGACAAGAAGGCAAGGACAAGAAGGCAAGGACAAGAAGGCAAGGACAAGAAGGCAAGGACAAGAAGGCAAGGACAAGAAGGCAAGGACAAGAAGGCAAGGACAAGAAGGCAAGGACAAGAAGGCAAGGACAAGAAGGCAAGGACAAGAAGGCAAGGACAAGAAGGCAAGGACAAGAAGGCAAGGACAAGAAGGCAAGGACAAGAAGGCAAGGACAAGAAGGCAAGGACAAGAAGGCAAGGACAAGAAGGCAAGGACAAGAAGGCAAGGACAAGAAGGCAAGGACAAGAAGGCAAGGACAAGAAGGCAAGGACAAGAAGGCAAGGACAAGAAGGCAAGGACAAGAAGGCAAGGACAAGAAGGCAAGGACAAGAAGGCAAGGACAAGAAGGCAAGGACAAGAAGGCAAGGACAAGAAGGCAAGGACAAGAAGGCAAGGACAAGAAGGCAAGGACAAGAAGGCAAGGACAAGAAGGCAAGGACAAGAAGGCAAGGACAAGAAGGCAAGGACAAGAAGGCAAGGACAAGAAGGCAAGGACAAGAAGGCAAGGACAAGAAGGCAAGGACAAGAAGGCAAGGACAAGAAGGCAAGGACAAGAAGGCAAGGACAAGAAGGCAAGGACAAGAAGGCAAGGACAAGAAGGCAAGGACAAGAAGGCAAGGACAAGAAGGCAAGGACAAGAAGGCAAGGACAAGAAGGCAAGGACAAGAAGGCAAGGACAAGAAGGCAAGGACAAGAAGGCAAGGACAAGAAGGCAAGGACAAGAAGGCAAGGACAAGAAGGCAAGGACAAGAAGGCAAGGACAAGAAGGCAAGGACAAGAAGGCAAGGACAAGAAGGCAAGGACAAGAAGGCAAGGACAAGAAGGCAAGGACAAGAAGGCAAGGACAAGAAGGCAAGGACAAGAAGGCAAGGACAAGAAGGCAAGGACAAGAAGGCAAGGACAAGAAGGCAAGGAGAAGAAGGCAAGGAGAAGAAGGCAAGGAGAAGAAGGCAAGGAGAAGAAGGCAAGGAGAAGAAGGCAAGGAGAAGAAGGCAAGGAGAAGAAGGCAAGGAGAAGAAGGCAAGGAGAAGAAGGCAAGGAGAAGAAGGCAAGGAGAAGAAGGCAAGGAGAAGAAGGCAAGGAGAAGAAGGCAAGGAGAAGAAGGCAAGGAGAAGAAGGCAAGGAGAAGAAGGCAAGGAGAAGAAGGCAAGGAGAAGAAGGUAUUGAGAAGAAGACAAGGGAAAGAGUAA